CUUUCUCUCUCUCACAAAGUUUCGAAGUUUCCUCUUCCUUAGAACGGUUAUCUUCUUCUUGGAUAAGGCCAUAUUGCCAGCACAUUCAGCAAGCCAAUCAAGACUCCAGCCACCUUGCACAAACUAAUUGCACAUUUGACUAUGUACGAAGUGACCUAAUUGCAAUAUUGGUCCACAAAACCUUCUGCGAUUUCUAUUUUGGCCCAUAAAUCCCCAUAUAAAUUCAUGGCGAAGAAAAUCGUUCGAAGACUCACAACCUUGAUCACAAAGCCUUUCAGGAAACGGCCGCGUAAAAGGCCACCACCGUCGACGCCGACGAUAUCGCCGACUCCGACUCCGACCCCAACUCCGACGCUGAUGCCCUCUUCCCCCUAUCCACCGGAAUCCCCAGUCGACACCAUGUCAACGCCACCACUAAAACUGUCCUCCCAUCCUUUUCUCUUCCCGGAAAUUCAGUCUCCAGUCCUGCCUGAUCCUUCAUCAUUCUUCUCACCCCACCUCCUCUCCAAUCCUUUACCCACGAAUUCAUUUUUUCAGAAUUUCGUGUUGAAAAAUGGUGAUCAGCCUGAAUAUAUACACCCAUAUUUAAUCAAAUCAUCUCAAUCUUCUCUUACCCUUUGUUACCCAUCUCAGUUCAAGAGUCCUGCUUUCUUAUACGAGAUAUUUAUUGCUGAUCUCACCAUUUCCGUACUGAACAAUCCUAAUUCGAAUGCAACCCACAUCAUAUCUGCAUUCAAUGAUUUGAGUGUGACUUUGGAUCUUCCAUCUAGUAAUCUUAGGUUCUUUCUUGUUAGGGGGAGCCCCUUCUUGACUUGUAAUGUAUUGAGUCGUGUUGCGCUGUCAGUUUCAACUAUUCAUGCCAUUCUUGAAUUGUCCCCAAAUGGUUCUUCCACAAAGUACACUAUUAAGCUUAAUAACAAUCAGACUUGGCUUCUUUAUGCUUCUUCUCCGAUAUAUUUGAGUCAUGAUGUUUCUACUAUUACUUCUAGUGUGUUUUCGGGGAUAAUUAGAAUUGCUGUAUUGUCCGAUCCAAAAUUCGACUCGGUUCUUGAUCGUUUUAGUUCUUGUUAUCCAAUUAGUGGUGAUGCUGUUUUCACUAACCCUUUUAGUUUGGAGUAUAAAUGGGAUAAGAGAGGGUGGGGGGAUUUAUUAAUGCUUGCCCAUCCUUUACAUCUUCAGCUCUUUUCGAGUACUGACAGUUCGGUUACCAUCUUGGAGGAUUUCAAGUACAAUAGUAUUGAUGGUGAGCUGGUUGGUGUUGUUGGAGAUUCUUGGGUUUUGAAAAGUGACCCUAUUGCUGUUACUUGGCAUUCAAUUAGAGGGAUUAAUGAGGAAUCAAAUUCUGAGAUAAUUGAAGCACUCAUUAAGGAUGUUGAGGCCUUGAAUUCAAAUGCAGUAUCAACAACAUCAUCGUACUAUUAUGGGAAACUGAUCGCCAGAGCUGCGCGGUUUGCAUUGAUUGCAGAAGAGGUGUGUUAUAUUGAAGUGAUCCCUGCAAUUAGGAAGUUCUUGAAAGAUAUGAUUGAGCCCUGGUUGGAUGGAACUUUUGAUGCUAAUGGUUUCUUGUACGACCCAAAAUGGGGUGGAAUCGUGACUAAACUAGGAUCAGCGGAUUCGGGAGCUGAUUUUGGAUUUGGAAUCUAUAAUGAUCACCACUAUCACCUUGGAUAUUUCAUCUAUGGGAUUGCUGUUCUUGCCAAGAUCGAUGCUGCGUGGGGAAGGAAGUACAAGCCACAAGCUUAUUCUCUUAUGGCAGACUUUAUGAACUUGAGCAGGCGAGUGAACUCAAAUUAUCCCCGUUUGAGGUGUUUUGACUUGUGGAAAUUGCAUUCUUGGGCAGGAGGGCUUACGGAGUUUGCAGAUGGUCGAAAUCAGGAGAGCACGAGUGAGGCCGUUAAUGGAUAUUAUUCAGCGGCUCUUAUGGGACUGGCAUAUGGGGACAGCCACCUUGUUUCUAUUGGAUCUGCUUUAUCUGCUUUGGAAAUUCGAGCAGCACAAACUUGGUGGCAUGUGAGAGAGGAGGACAAUGUUUAUGGAGAGGAAUUUACCAAAGAGAACAGGAUGGUGGGUGUUUUAUGGGCUAACAAAAGGGACAGUGGUCUUUGGUUUGCUCCGGCCGACUGGAGGGAGUGUAGGCUGGGAAUUCAACUUCUGCCUAUACUGCCCAUAAGUGAAAUUCUAUUCUCUGAUGUACAUUUUGUGAGACAGCUAUUAUCGUGGACCUUGCCAGCCCUGGCCCGGCAAGGAGUUGGAGAAGGUUGGAAGGGUUUCGUAUAUGCAUUGCAAGGGAUUUACGAUAAAGAAGGUGCUUUAGAUAAAAUCAGGAACUUGAAUGGAUAUGAUGAUGGGAACUCCCUCACAAAUCUUUUGUGGUGGAUUUAUAGUCGAGAUGAUGAAAAAGAGAGACGAGUGGAACUUUGUUGGUUUCGUCACUAUUCUCACUGAAUUUGUGUUAAAUAGAGUGAAUAAAAGGGACAAAUAUGAAACCGGCUUCACAGAUCAGAAAUAUCACUAUGUAUCGGGUAUCUCAAGCAUUUGUUCCUCAUUGCAUUUAAUGUUUGUCCGAUUUCUUAUGUUGGAAUGAUUUGUUUUAGAACAAUUAUCACUUUGUCUGCUACAAAUUGAAUUCGAAAAUCAUAAAUGCUUGUAAAAAUGUGCACUUUAUGCAGUAUUAUAUGGUACAGGAAACAUAUUUAUUGGAACUAA